CCAGAAAUCAGUUGAGUUGAGGCCACCAAAGGAGCAGGGACACAACCGAUCCAUCCGAUCUAACCGAUCCAUCCGCCAGAAGACCCAGAAGGACCCACGGAAGACCCAGGAACCAGGACCCAGGACCCAGGGCAAGAUGUGCGACUGUGGAUGCUAUUCGUAUUGUCUGCAUGACAGCGGGUCCUGCUACAGUCACUACCAUUCGCAUUCGCACUCGCACUCGCAUCAUUGCUGUGCGGGAUACAAGUAUCUGAAGUGCCUCUGUCGCUAUUAUCGUCAUGUGCACUGCACCUGUUCCUGUUGGCGUCGGAAAUGCUAUCUUCUGUAAGGAGAAGGAGAAGGAGGAGCAGGAAGGAGGACUCCUAGAAGGAUGAGCAGCACACACCACACACACACACACACAAACACACAAAUCACAACUCAAACAACGCAAAUCACACAGAAAUCACAUGAUAAAGUCCUUUAAGUAGUUGCAUAACACUUGGCUGCAUCCAAUCGAACACAGAGGGAAGGAGAAACGAAAGGAAAGGAAAGGACAGGAAAGGAAAAGAAAAGGAGAAGGCGUCGGUCGUCGGUCGUCCGGUCGUCUGGCAGUGGGUUUUUUUGUGUGGCAACUAGCGUGCAUACGGGUCGUAUGUGCAACGUUUUCAGUUGUUUGUGUGAGUGCGAAAGAGAGAGCGAGCGAAAGAGUGUGGUGUGGUGUGAUGUGAUGUGGGUUGGUAGGGGGCGUCCCGUGAGUGCUACAGUGUCUGUGCUGUUUGUCUGUGUGCGUGUGUGCGUUUGUGCGUGCGAGUGUGUGCCUUCGCCUGGAGAAAAAUGGUUCAAGGAUGCGGCCAACAUGGUUAUCGACUGCGUGUUUCAAGUUGCAAGUUGCAAGUUGCAAAAAUAAUACACACUCAUUCGUUGCACCAAAAACAAACCUUAAUCCAAAAACUGUUCCAAAUAGUGCAUAAGUUUUAAUCACAAACCCACACACACACACACACACACACAUCACAUAUCGUUAUCGAUAUAUACAUGAAUGUUGUAGCUGUAGUUAUCGAUCGAUAUAUGAACGAUCAACUUUCGAUUGAUGUUCGACUAUUUUUUUUUUUGCCAUAUUUGUAAUGUCGUUUUAAUCAAAUCAAACCAAACAAUCCAACCAAAUAAAGUUUUACUCCA